UCUCCCGCCGAGCCACAAGCCAGCGAGAUCAGUCAGGGAGGGAGAGUGUGUGAGAGUGUGUCAAGACGAGAGGCUCCAAAGGACGUCACACCGGCUCCCAGAGAGAGGGGGGAACCCGCUGCCACAGGAAGGCGUCUGUCCUCACGCGUUCUGGGCUGUGGAAGAGUCAACAGCCUCUGACAAAAGUCCGUAUUCCGGGGGUGGAUGCAGCAAGACCAUGAUGAGCAUUUAGUCAGCUGAAGUGGAUUUUCCUCAAGACUGAAAAAGAUACAGAUUUCCAGUCCUAACUGACUCUCCGGAGGGGGGGUGGAAAAGACUUGUAAUAAGACGCUAAUCAAGAUUGUGUGCAGUCUUAUUGCAUCGCCAUGGAUCAGCCAGCCAGCAGCUGCAUGCGCAGCGCCCACCCCGGCAGCCCGAUCUGGGGUUGCAUGAGGAACCCUCACUCAGGGGUCCCGGGAGCCAAUCUGCAGUCACCCUACCAACCGGCCCCUUUCUCCCUGCACCAGAAGCCCGAGUUCCUGGCCUACACGGACUUCACCAGCUCCUGCCUGGUGCCGACUCCGCCGCACGCAGCCUACCCCCGAGAUGACAGACUGUACCAAGAGAGCCAGGGGGGCUACCAGAGAGCCGACUGGCAGUUCAACCCCUGCGAGACGCGGGUGAGAGCGCCCGAGGCCUGCCCGCCCGUCGUCGCCCCCGUGAUAGUUGGCGGCGGCGGAGGUGGAGGGCCCGACCUGGACAGUGUGGGGGGAGACAGGUUGCCGGGGGCCAUGCCCGGCUGCCUUGAGGGAGAAUACUCGCCGCAGAGCGUGGCGUCGGCCGACUCAGACAAGAAGAGCUCCAGUAAGAGGAAGAGAGAUGUCACAGAUAUCCAGGAGUCCAGUUUUAAGGUGGACUCCAGCUGCAAGGCCCGGAAAGAGCGCACAGCGUUCACCAAGGAGCAGCUGAGAGAACUGGAAGCUGAGUUCACCCACCACAACUACCUGACCAGGCUCCGCCGCUACGAGAUCGCCGUCAACCUGGACCUCACAGAGAGACAGGUGAAAGUGUGGUUUCAGAACAGGAGGAUGAAGUGGAAAAGGGUGAAGGGAGGACAGUCGUCUUCGCCCAACGACCUGGAAAACGACGACGUGGACUCCGCGGCCUCGCCCAGCUCCGAAUGAACGAUAGGGUCGAUGUUACGAAAAGGAGAUGCAGAUAACCCGGUGACGCCGAGAGACGGGGGUCGGCCGGACGCCGGGGCAGCACAGUGCAACCUUCACUCGUCUCUUUGAAAAGCUGCAGGAAUCAAACCAGAUUCUUUCAUUUCCCUGGAAGAAAUCACUGUGCUUCUCCUUUGCUGUUGUAAAUAGUUGAUUUAUGUCCAUAAUGAACUGCAUCUUGAUCCACUAUUGAUAAAUUCUCUGUUCAUGAGGCCCCCCCUUGUUGCAUUGACUGUGUUUGAAUAUUAGAUGAUACUCGCAGGUCAUUGUAGAUCAGUGACAGCAGCUUUAAGGCCGGCGAUGACAGAUCAGACCGUGAUGUGAUUGUGUUUGAGUGCAUCCCCUUUGGUUCCAGUGUUGUAAUCAUGGCCUUUGACGCUUGACUACAACCACCUGGGAAAACUCAGACUGCACCAGUGCUGCCAAGCCAUAAGUGCCUCCGAAUCAGAUGUUUUUUUUUCAUUUGUCAGUUUCUUUUUCCUAGAAUAUUGUUUUUUUCUGUCAAGCAUUUUUCUACUAUUCUUUUUUUAUACAUGUUGAAUGUUAUUGAUAAAACACAGAUGU